CAGACAAGACCAGACCAGACCAGACCAGACCAUUGUCCCUUGUUCCCCUGCCAUUCACCUCUGAAGAAGACCAAGAUCAGGAUGCCAUAGGUGGAAAGAAUAUUAUUAAUCGGAGGUUUCUUUCUCUUUCCCAAGUUACUGCUUUGUCAGAAGAAAAUGUAGAAGGAGUUCAAAAAAAACUUGAAGAAUUUCUAGAUUUUAAACAAUUAAAGACAUCUUUGAAAGAAGCUGUUUUGCUAGACUAUUAUACUGCAGGAUUUUGGUGGGCUAAAGAAAUGAACUUCAGUCUUAUACAGCUCUCAGGAUUCAUGGAUCUAUUAAAUUUCCUGUUGGAGAACCUCAGUGACAAACAUAUGACCUUAGGAGAUAAUUUAAAAGAACUUGGAAGAGCACUGGCUGGAAUAGGAGAAACUAAUUCAGAAAGAAGUGGUGACUUGAAUUUCUUCAGCAUUGAUCAAGCCAAAGCAGUCAUUGAUUACUUGAAUAUCAGCUUAUUUAAACACUAUAAACUAUAUGAAUACCUCUUCCACAGUCAUAGAGAAGAACUUGUGAUAAGUAACGAGAAUGUGAUUGAACUUGCCCAACCUGCAGCUUCCCCCUUCCCUGCUCUGCUAGAAGAAGGCAUACCUUUGGAUAUCUGUUCGUCAUUCAUAAUAUCACCAACAGCUGCAGAGACAGAAUCAAAGGAGUCUGAUCAAGAGGGUUACCUGGAAGAGCCCUGUCCAGAGGCAGAGUCCUUCAAGGCAGAUGCUGUGCCUGGUGUCACUGCUGAAGAUCAGAAGCCUCCAGUGAGUGAAAUCCCAAAUGAAAUUACUGGCAACCUUGAGGGACAAAUCUUGAAUUUCUUUGCCUCAAAACUCCAGUGGAGGUAAUGGAGAGGUUUUAAAUCCAGAAGGAUUCAGGCAUGGGGAUUCAACACCUGGUUCGUGUAGGUAGGAUGAACUUCCAUCUUGAUUGUGUUUUCUGUCAUGGUUUGGUGGUGGGUGUAACUGUGGAAAGCAUCCUGAGUCGUCUUUAGACUCUCCAGGAGGAGACUGUGUGACUUGUAAACAAACAUUGGAAUUAAUUUCUCGCUGGUCACAGCCUCUUCUUCUGAGACAAAAGCCAUGGCAGGAUCCUGGAGAAUAGAAACCAUCUGACAACAUCCGCGGCACACCUCAAGGGCCCGGUACCCCUUCCCACCCCAGCACGUGUCUGCUCACAGACAGGGGCACUCCCUGGCACCUCUCGUGAUGAAGGAGAUCCGAAGGAGGUCAUCUCGGGAUGAAGCACAUCUGGCUGCCAUCAGCCACGCUGCACCCUCGCAGCCUCCAGGCCGUUGGCUUGGCAGAGGACCUCGGGGGAGCACUUUGGGCUGAGGAGAGCAUCCCCAGUCGAGUUCACCCUUACCUAUGUUUGGGGACCACCGAAAGAGGCGAUGGGGUUUGGCCGGGGGAGCAUCCUGGCAGCUGCUGACCCCUGCUCUGGGCAGGUGAAGGGGAGGGACACCUCUGCCAGCAGGUUUGGGAAGAAGUUUUUCUGUCAUUUUAUUGCAACACCUCUACCUUGCCACUAGUUUUCCUACUCCGAGACAG